GCAAAAACCAGACGCGCCCCAUUGAGGCUCCGCCGGUUGUUUUGCCUGCCCACUGCCGCACUUUCCUCCCCCCGCCGUAUAAGAAGCUAUCGCCACACCAUUCACUCCUCAUCAGCUGCCUGCAGCAUUUCACAUCAACAAUCUCCUCCUCCUUUCUCUUUCGCAUCGGUAAUCGGUUACGACAUCGUCAGAAGCAGAAUAAAGAAGAAAGAUAUGAGCAGAUCAUCAGCUUCGGCUGCGGCCGCGAGGGCGUGGAUCGUGGCGGCGAGCAUAGCUGCCGUGGAGGCCCUCAAGGACCAGGGCUUCUGCCGCUGGAACUACACCCUCCGGUCCCUUCACCAGCACACCAAGUCCAAAAUCUCCAGUUCCUACUCCCAGGCCGCUACCAAGCUCUCCGCGUCCUCCGGGGUCGUGUCCGACGCGGUGAAGGCGCAGCGGAGGAUGAGACGGCCGGAGGAAUCGCACCGUAAGGUCAUGGAACUCAGCUGCUGGGGCCCCGAGUCCACCCGGUUUUAGGGCGCUUCGGAUUCCAGAAUCCUUCGCUGUGUACUUUGGGCUGCUGAAGCGAAUCGGAGUAGGGAAAAUCUUACGAGUGAUGGAAAGAUUAUUGACAUUUUUGUACUGACCUCUUUGUAAAACUAUUAUUUGUCUAUUAGUUAUAUGAUUAGAUCUGAAGUCGACUUCCAUAAAAAAAUAAAAUUCAUGUCGGAAAAAGGAAUUGUAAGCUUUCGUGAA